AUGGGAUUGAUGACAGUUCUGAAGAAAAUGAAACAGAAGGAAAAAGAGAUGAGAAUCUUAAUUUUAGGUUUGGAUAAUGCUGGAAAAACAACUAUAUUAAAAAAAUAUAACGGAGAGCCAACCAAUACAAUUGAACCAACAUUGGGUUUUAACAUUAAAACAUUAGAUCAUAAAAGUUAUAAACUGAAUGUGUGGGAUGUUGGUGGUCAAAAGUCAUUGCGAUCAUAUUGGCGUAAUUAUUUUGAAAGUACUGAUGGCCUUAUAUGGGUUGUUGACAGUGCUGACAAAAGAAGACUGAGUGAUUGUACUACUGAACUGCAUAGUUUAAUUGAAGAAGAGAGAUUGGCUGGAGCCACAUUAUUGAUAUUUGCAAAUAAACAAGAUUUACCAGGUGCUUUAUCAUCAGAAGAAAUAAAAGAGGUAUUGCAAUUAGAUCGAAUUAAAACUCACCAUUGGAAAAUAAUACAUUGUAGUGCAUAUACUGGGGAAAACUUGUUGGAAGGCAUUAACUGGAUGGUUAGCGAUAUAUCUGCUAGAAUAUUUACACUUGAUUAA